UUGACCUUCAAUGCAUACAUUUCAAUGUGACUUUCCACGAUAGAGGGGCACCGGAAUGAUUAUUAUGAUUCGACUAGAUUCAACAAUUAACCAAAGUUAAGGCGGUUUUAGUUUAUAACCGCAGUUUCUAUCAGUUUACGUGCACACACACACAAGUGUAGUUCACGCAGUCAAUUAGUGAUUUUUAUUGGAAAACAGCGCCAAAAAACUUGCGAUGGCACAAGGCAAGGGGGACAUCGGGUUAAUAGGCCUGGCAGUCAUGGGGCAAAACCUCAUCCUGAACAUGGCCGACCACGGCUUCACCGUGGUCGCCUUCAACCGCUCUGUGGAAAAAGUCCACGCUUUCCUGGCCAACGAAGCCAAGGGCAAGAGCAUCAUCGGGGCGGAGUCCAUCCCUGACUUGGUCUCCAAGCUGAAGACGCCCCGCCGAGUCAUGAUGCUGGUGAAGGCCGGCGACGCCGUGGACAGCUUCAUCGACCAGCUGGUGCCCCACCUGCAGAAAGGGGACAUCAUCAUCGACGGCGGCAACUCCGAGUACCAGGACUCGGAGCGCCGCUGCAAGGACUUGCGGGCCAAGGGGAUCAGAUUCGUGGGGGCCGGCGUCUCGGGCGGCGAGGACGGGGCGCGCUACGGCCCCAGCCUCAUGCCGGGGGGCAACAAGGAGGCCUGGCCCUACAUCAAGGACAUUUUCCAGAGCGUGGCGGCGAAGACCGACGGGCAGCCCUGCUGCGACUGGGUCGGGAACGACGGGGCUGGGCAUUUCGUCAAGAUGGUGCACAAUGGGAUCGAGUAUGGGGACAUGCAGCUGAUCGGGGAGGUGUACCAUAUGAUGCAGGCCAUAGGGGUCGACCAGGGGAAGAUGGCCAAGACCUUCGCCGAGUGGAACAAGGGAGAGUUGGACAGUUUUCUAAUCGAUAUCACCAAGGAUAUCAUGGGUUUUAAGGAUACUGAUGGCAAAUAUUUGCUGCCAAAAAUCCGCGACACCGCCGGCCAGAAAGGCACCGGCAAGUGGACAGCCAUCGCGGCGCUGAACUACGGCAUGCCCGUGACCCUAAUCGGCGAAGCCGUUUUCAGCCGCUGCCUAUCGGCCCUCAAAAAUGAAAGAAUCACAGCCAGCAAAGUCCUCCCAGGCCCCACCGCCAAAUUCACCGGAAACGUCGACCAAUUCCUGGACGAACUGCGCCAGGCACUGUACGCCAGCAAAAUUGUGUCAUACGCCCAAGGCUUCAUGUUAUUGCGUGAAGCUGCAGGAGUGCACAACUGGGACCUCGACUACGGGUCAAUUGCCCUCAUGUGGCGCGGAGGUUGCAUCAUUAGAUCGGUGUUCUUGGGGCAAAUCAAACUCGCCUUCGAUAGAGAUCCGAGUUUGAAGUCGCUGCUUUUGGCCCCUUUCUUCCUAAAUGCGAUCACACGGUCGCAAAAUGCGUGGAGGAAUGUUGUUUCGACGGCAAUUAAAUUAGGAGUGCCAACUCCUGCUCUCAGUACAGCUUUGGCGUUUUAUGAUGGUUAUCGCUCCGAACGGCUACCUGCAAAUUUGUUGCAAGCCCAACGGGAUUAUUUUGGGGCCCACACUUACGAGUUAUUGGGGCAAGAGGGUAAAUUUGUCCACACUAAUUGGACCGGUCAUGGUGGAAACGUCUCGUCAUCGUCUUACAAUGCUUAAUUUUUUUAUAAAUUAUUUCCCAGUGUUUUUAAGGUUGUUUGUAAAAGAGCUAUUUUAAUACAGUAUUGUUGUAAAA